UCCUCCCGUCGAGCCUCUCCUCUCUCCUUCGCUCGUCCCGCAGAUCCAGCUUUCAAAAUUUCAAACCCGCCAUCGCCAACCAAAACUCUCCCUCCUUCUCCCUCCCUCUCAACGGUCCCUCCUCCUCUUCCCUCUCUUUAUACUCUCUCUCUCUCUCUCUCUCGCCGUGGCUUCUGACCCCGCAUCGUUCCGCUACCGUCGACUCCACAAACACAGCUGACGCACAGACGACCAGGAGAGAGAGAGAGAGAGAGAGAGCGUUCCUCGUGCGAGAGUGGCGAGGAAACUGUCACAAUGGAGCUGGUCAAAGUCGAUGACUCGGCCUGCCGCGAGAACGCUUCGCUGGGAUCUGGGGAGUUGCUCGAUUCCAGGCAGCAUCUCUAUUGCCGCAAGGACAAGUCUCUCGGCGUCCUCUGCUCCAAUUUCCUGAGGCUGUACAAUAGAGAUGACAUCGAAGUGAUCGGACUCGACGAUGCUGCCCUCAAGCUAGGAGUGGAGCGAAGGCGAAUUUAUGAUGUGGUGAACAUAUUGGAGAGCGUUGGCGUCGUGGCGAGGAAAGCGAAAAACCAGUAUUCAUGGAAAGGUUUCAGGGCGAUCCCCAAGGCCUUGGAGGAGCUCAAGGAAGAAGGUUUGAGAGAGAACUUCAAUAACUCAAAUUGUGGGGACUCAGCAAAGGUUUUUAACGACACUGAAAAUGAAGGGUGUUUGAAUCUCAAAUUUGAGAUGCAAGAUAACUCUUCAGCAUCGUCCAAAUCUGAUAAUAAGAAAGAGAGAUCUCUGGCUCUUCUUUCUGCAGAAAACAGGAAAGAAAAAUCACUGGCCCUUCUUACGCAGAACUUCGUGAAGCUUUUUCUUUGUUCCAAGGUGGAUUUGAUCUCUCUUGAUACUGCUGCCGUGGCAUUGCUAGGUGAUAACAACAAUUCAACAGCUAUGAGAACAAAGAUCAGACGACUGUAUGACAUUGCCAAUGUCUUUUCAUCCAUGAAUCUGAUUGAGAAGACGCCUCACCCUGAUACUAGGAAACCGGCAUUCAGAUGGCUAGGGUGGAGAGGGAAAUGUGGGGAUACUGAUGCUAAUUCUUCGGAGCACAACCAAUAUAGGAAGAGACUUUUUGGCACUGAGAUUACAAAUCAAACUGUAAAGAGAAGUAAGGUGGAUUCAUCGAUCAAUUCUAAAUCAUGUGAUCCAGUAAAAAAGGUGAUUCUUGUCAAACAUGAUCCAGAAAAGAACUAUGAGAAGUGUGAGCAAGAAUGCCAUUCAGACAAUGGCUCGGGCGGUUAUGUAUAUGGCCCAUUUGCUCCUGUGUGUUUGCCCAGAGCAGUAAAUUUUGCGCCAAAGUCUGUGAAGCAGGACUAUGACUGGGAAACACUAGCAUCCACUCAUCGCCCUCAAUAUCACAAUCAAGCUCUGACGGACCUCUUUGCACAUUACAUGGAGGCAUGGAAGUUGUGGUACACUGAAGUUGCUGGGAACACAAAGAUACCACAAGUGUCCUGAUCACUUGUUUCCGUACAAGAUGAUCAAGUACAGAAGAAUACAGAUGUUUAACCAUUUGUCAGAGGAUUUGUUAUUAGUUUUGGCUCUUUGAUACACUUCCCUUAGAAGAGGAUACUUCCCUUAGAAGAGGAUGACGUAUAUGGCUUCGUGUUGGAUCACGUUCUUGAUGUUCUGACUGUAUAGUCAUAAAUACGCUGCUUCUAACCCAUUUAAAUCUAAUUCUGGAUGUAUUUCUGCAACAUCCAGAUCAGCGGUAUGAUGCUGAUGCGAGUGUGUGCAGUUGCUGAAUGAUAGAUCAAUUUCAGAGCUGUACUUUGUUCUUGAUUCAAACUCAUUGAUGAUUUUUUCACUAGUGCUUA